AUGAACAACAAGAGCAAGCAAACAACACUGGGAUGGCUGGAUCUAGUUCAGAAAGUUGCCCAGGAUAAACGUCAACCAGAGCGCUACGGUACCCCCAAAAUGCACGACGCCGACAGAGGCGUCUUAGAUGAGGGCCCCAGCUUCUACGCUGUCGUGGUCCCAGACGUGUGCAGGGCUACAGAUAUGCCCUAA